UCCGCGCAUGGCCGCGCUGCCCCGGGCCCUGGGCGCAGGCGCCGUCCCCCGCCGGCUGCUGCCCGCGCGCGCCCCCGUCCCCGCCCGCGCCAUGGCCGGCCGGCCCGAGCCCCCCGCGGCCCGCGCCGCCUACGACUACCUGGUGAUCGGCGGCGGCUCGGGCGGGCUGGCGAGCGCGCGGCGGGCGGCCGAGCUGGGCGCCAGGGCCGCCGUGGUGGAGAGCCACAAGCUGGGCGGCACCUGCGUGAAUGUUGGAUGUGUGCCCAAAAAGGUAAUGUGGAAUACGGCUGUCCACUCUGAAUUCAUACACGAUCACGUCGAUUACGGCUUUCAGAACUGUGAGAGUAAAUUCAACUGGCGUGUGAUAAAGGAAAAGCGAGACGCCUACGUGAGCCGCCUGAACAGCAUCUACCAAAACAACCUCACCAAGUCCCAUAUAGACAUCAUUCACGGCCACGCAGCCUUCACCAACGAUUCCAGGCCCACGAUCGAGGUCAACGGGGUCAAGUACACGGCCCCACACAUCCUGAUCGCCACAGGCGGGGUGCCCUCACGCCCGCAGGAGAGCCAGAUCCCGGGGGCCAGCCUGGGGAUCACCAGUGAUGGAUUUUUCCAGCUGGAAGAGUUGCCGAGCCGCAGUGUCAUUGUCGGUGCGGGUUACAUCGCUGUGGAGAUCGCCGGGAUCCUCUCAGCCCUGGGUUCUAAGACGUCGCUAAUGAUACGGCACGAUAAGGUGCUGAGGAAUUUUGAUUCAUUGAUCAGUUCAAACUGCACCGAGGAGCUGGAGAACGCUGGCAUCGAGGUCCUGAAGUUCUCGCAGGUCAAAGAAGUGAAGAAGACUUCCUCGGGCCUGGAGCUCUGUACGGUAACUUCAGAACCUGGCCAGAACCCCUCUGAGAGCACAAUCCCCGACGUGGACUGCCUGCUCUGGGCCAUUGGGCGCGACCCGAAUUCCAAGAGCCUGAAUUUAGAAAAAGUGGGCGUUCAGAUUGAUGAUAAAGGUCAUAUCAUAGUAGAUGAGUUCCAGAACACCAGCAUCAAAGGCGUCUACGCAGUCGGGGAUGUGUGUGGGAAAGCCCUUCUUACUCCAGUUGCCAUCGCUGCCGGCCGGAAACUUGCCCAUCGGCUGUUUGAAUGCAAAAAGGACUCCAAGCUGGACUACGACAACAUCCCCACCGUGGUCUUCAGCCACCCACCCAUCGGGACGGUGGGGCUCACCGAAGAGGAGGCCGUUCAUAAAUUUGGACGAGAAAAUGUGAAGACCUAUUCAACCACCUUUACCCCAAUGUAUCAUGCUGUUACCAGAAGGAAAACAAAAUGUGUGAUGAAAAUGGUUUGUGCCUUCAAAGAGGAAAAGGUGAUCGGGAUCCACAUGCAGGGGAUCGGCUGUGAUGAGAUGCUGCAGGGCUUUGCCGUGGCCGUGAAAAUGGGCGCAACGAAGGCCGACUUCGACAACACCGUGGCCAUUCACCCCACCUCCUCGGAGGAGCUGGUCACCCUUCGCUGAGGGCCCCCGAGACCACUGAGCAGUCUCGCUCACCCACCGUUUCCAUUUUGCGUGUUUCUUUCAUUGUGAUCAGAUCUUCCGCUCGCAAAAAUGAUCAGUCAGUAAUGACUUCUUUCAUGUGCUUGGACACUCGUGAUUUUCGUUUGAUCGCAUUUCAUAGUAAUGGAGAAGGCUUUUUGUUUUAGACGACGAGCGCCGUGCGAGGCAAGAUUGGUUUGUUUCCGCUGCCCCAGAGUCUGAGGAGGGCUGGAGGUGCGGCUCCAUGCAGAGCAGGCCUGGGGGGUCUGGAACUACACGGCCCCAGAGUGUUAGGGAGUGACCCUGAUCACAAAUCCAGAAGUAGCCUGUGAGCAUCGCUGGGUGUACCCCAGCUCCCCCCCAAAAAAAUAAAAAUUGUAUGAAGUACAAUGAAAUAAUUGUACCUGCACAUAGCUUGCUGAUUGUUUUCAUAGAGGAAGAUGAGUGUAGCUUUUCAUAUUUAAAGAAUGCGAAUGCACAGCUUCUCUUUUUUAUUUUGAAAGCCAGUCACGUGUUCUGCAUAUCACAAGUAGCUACUCUGAGGAUAGUCUUUUUUUUUUUAAUUGAAGUAUCAUAAUUUGCAAUAGUGUUGAACUUGUUGUCUUAUAAUUGCAGAGUUUCAAGAUCUGCCCCAGCCCUCAAGGAUAGUCUUAAUGUGAAAGCAUGUCAUGAGGAGCCUGCCUCCCUGAGCCGGAGGAGUCCCCAGGAUUGCUGGGUUUGGCAUCCCUUCUCCCCCUCCAAAAUAAAAAAGCCCAUCAUGUGUUAGGACCAGGAAUGCAGCUUAGCCAUAGAGUACUUGCCUUGCAUGUGUGAGCAUGCAAGAGUGUGACCCCUUAUACUGGCCCCCCAUCAUUUGUGACACUUUUAUGAGAGGAAGUUCAUCAAACUUAGAAAAGGUAGUCAAAAGCCGGUUGCUUCAGUGAGGGACGUUUGCAAAGUGAUUCCUGCUUUCAGAAUGAGACACAGUCAGACUUUCUUCCUAUUCAGUGAAUAAUUCCAGUUAUUCAAUAUGCUGUUGAUGUUUUGUUGUUUGUUUUUUUCUGAAAACCACUUCUAAAAAUUCAAAAAUAAAAGCAAUCUUUUCUUCCU